CAUUCAUAUUUCCAUCAACUUAUUAACAAUAAUUCAUUAUAGAUAUUUUCCAAGUGUUUCAUUCAUCUAGCUAGAAAUAAUUACACACUACUAGAGUACCUUGCUGCUAGCAAUGGCGGAUUUCCAAACCUACUUCACCAUCUUUAUGUUAUGGCUGAUACCCACCAUUUUAAUCAAAUUCUUCUUAAAAUCUAAGAAAGCUCAUCUCAUCCCCCCAACCCCCUUUGCCAUUCCCAUCAUCGGCCAUCUCCACCUUAUUUUUCCAAUCCCUCAUCAAGCCAUGCACAAGCUUUCCCUCCGAUAUGGCCCUAUUUAUCGACUCUUUCUUGGCUCACACACGUCUUUCGUUGUGAGUACACCAGAAGCCACAAAAGAAUUCUUCAAGUUCAAUGAGAAUGCCUAUUUGGAUCGACCAAUUAACUCGGCAACAUAUCAUAUGACAUAUGAAAAUAAAGAUUUCGUGUUUGCCCAGUAUGGAGCGCAUUGGAAGUUCAUGAAAAAGAUAAUCAUGACAGAGCUCUUAAAUGGAGGAAAGGUAGACUUGCACCGUCAAGUAAGGAAAAACGAAGUUACUCGUUUUAUGAAACAAAUUUCUCAAAUGGCAAAAGACAAGAAGGCAUUGGAGAUGGAUUUGGAGUUGGCCAAGGUCAUUAACAAUGUGAUUAUAGAAACUAUUUUGGGCACAAAGUUCUCGGAUGAGGCCGAGGCUAGGAAAAUGAAGGAUCUGGUUGACGAUAUAGCUUCGUUAGAAGGUAGCUUCAACGUAUCGGACUACAUAUGGUUCCUUAAAAAUGUUGACUUGCAAGGGUUUGGGAAAAGAUUUAAGGCUGUUCAUGAACGAUUUGAUAUAUUCGUAGAGAAGAUCAUUAAAGAGCAUGAAAAGGCUAGAAAGCUAGAAAACUUAACACCAGAAAGGAAGGACUUGCUCCACAUAUUACUCGAUACCGCAGAAGAUAAAAGCCAAAAGAUUCAAUUGACAAGAGAGAACAUCAAAGCCUUCAUUUUCAAUAUGUUUGUCGCAACAGACACUACAUCACUUACCAUGGAAUGGGCACUUUCCGAACUUAUCAAUCAUCCAAACGUCCUGAAAAAAGCAACAGAAGAGAUGGAUAGAGUUGUUGGCAAAGACAGACUUCUCCAAGAAUCUGACAUACCAAACCUUCCGUACCUCCAAGCAAUCGUGAGUGAAUCUUGGCGUCUUCAUCCAGGCGCCGCAUUGAUUCCAAGAUUAGCAACAGAAGAUAGAACCGUGGCGGGUUAUCAUAUUCCAGCAAACUCUACUGUUUUUUUUAGCCCUUGGGCCCUCGGUAGAGAUCCAGGGGCUUGGGAAAACCCUCUUGAGUUUAGGCCCGAGAGAUUUGAGCACAUGAAGAUGGAACCAAGAGGACAAGAUUAUAGCAUGCUCACAUUCGGGGCUGGGAAAAGGAUGUGUCCGGGGUAUUCACUAGCAUACCAGUUGCUACAUAUAACCCUGGGUUCCAUGAUUCAAUGUUUCGAGUGGAAGGCCGGGAAAGAUGGGAAUAUGACUAGCGUUGAUAUGGAAGAGGGUGUCGGAGUCACACUUCCUAGAGCAAACCGUUUGGUUUGCUUGCCUGUGGCUCGACUCAAUCCUCUACCAUUUUAAGUAUUCUCCAAAUCAAACAAAUCGAUCUACAGGGACUCAAGCGGGACACUUUGAAUCCCCAAUGACUCGCAACAACGGUUUAAAUUAAUUAAUUAAUAAUACUUGUUUACGCGCAAGAUAGUGUUUUUAUGAAGUCAUAGGAUACGAGACUCUUGUAUUCUCUGUCUCACUAGCUAGUUUUAUCAUUGUUGGAAUUAUCAUUAUAUUUCUUUCAAUUCGGAAUGUCAAUAAGUUUAAUUAACAUUGUGCUGUACGUUAAUUGAUAAUGUAGAACUCUACUCAUUUCUUA